CUUUCCUCUAUUCCCGCGCCCGGGUGCUUGACGACACCGCUGACACCAGGACAACGUCUUUUGCAUCUGCACCGAACAGAGACUCUAGGGCUGCUGCGGAAAGACUCGCUCGCCGACCGACGCUCGCUCUGCCCUGACUGUUUUGGUGUUGCAUGGGAAGCGUUGCCCUCCUCGCUGUCCGGGGGCUCCAUAAUAUCUGCAUAAGCACACGCCCGUGUAACGCUACUACGCUCAUCUCUGGCCUCACUACUCAUCCCCUUCGCACCGCCCACCACAACCCUUCCGCCCACCGGCUGUCCGUUCGUCAGUCCUCCAAUACUCGCGCACUCUCUCCCCCAGGCGCAUUGGCGAAUUCGAUAGCAUAGAGGCCCUCCCGGCUGCGGCCGGCCAUUGCAGCACCCCCGAACCUCUGCCGCCCGUCUCGCAGCAACCAUGAGCUCGAACAACAACAACAACCCCAACCUGCAGCCGCCCUUCGCCGAGCUCGAGCCAGAGAUCUCCAAUCCCGUGAAGAGGAUACGAUGGGCGACACAUCGUGCGACUGGCGCAAAGGCUGAGAACAAGCGGCAUUCACUGAAAGAGCGGCUGCAUCGACGGAUAGGCUCAGGCGAGAAGAGAGACUCGAUAGGGAAAGAAGCUGGCUCCCUAGGUGGACCUGAGGCCGACAAGUCGCCCGAGUCUUCAGAUGCAGGCCACGACGACGAAGAUUCUGCGCGCAGAGUCUACUUCAACGUGCCGCUCCCUCCCUCUGAACGCGACGAAGAUGGCCACCCUAUCCACUCGUAUGCGCGCAACAAGAUACGAACCGCCAAAUACACCCCUAUAAGUUUCAUACCAAAGAACCUCUGGUUCCAGUUCCACAACAUCGCGAACAUCUACUUCUUGUUUAUUAUUAUCUUGGGUAUCUUCCAGAUUUUUGGAGCCUCGAAUCCAGCGCUGAACGCCGUACCGCUCAUUGUCAUCAUCGUCGUAACGGCGAUCAAGGACGCGGUCGAGGACUGGAGGAGAACCGUCCUUGACAACGACCUCAACAACGCGCCCGUGCACCGUCUGGUCGAUUUCAACAACGUGAACACUGCAGAAGACACUGUCUCGCCAUGGAGGAAGUUCAAGAAGGCGUGCACAAGGACUAUUCUUGUGGCGUAUAGGCUCAUGAAGAAUGCGACAAGCAAAAAGGGCGCAAAGGGCAAGGGGGACAGUGAGCGUGGUAUUGACGGCUCCCGUCCCUCAGUCGAUACUCGACGAGCAUCUGUUGCUACUCGCAGGUCAUCCUACUUCGACGCCCAAGAGGGCAUCCAGAUGACCCCGGUCCCUUCGCCCUUGCCUGGCGCAUCCCCCAGUCAUUCCCCGCCACCCACCGAACGCGGCCCUGGCGACAACGACAAGAUUCGCGGCAACGAUUCCAAGGGCAACACGACAAAGAAGUUCUGGGGUAGCGUGCUCAAUCCCUUCAAGACUGCUCCAGAAAAAGCUCGCUUCAAGAAAGAUGCUUGGAAGAACGUGCAGGUUGGUGAUUUCAUUCGCCUGUACAACGACGAGGAGAUUCCUGCAGAUGUCAUUGUCCUGUCGACGUCGUCUGACGACGGCGCUUGCUAUGUUGAGACCAAGAAUUUGGAUGGAGAGACAAAUCUCAAAGUUAGAAACGCCCUUCACUGCACACGCGACGUGCGACACGCCCGCCACUGCGAACGCGCCGAGUUCGCAAUCGAGAGUGAAGGUCCUCAUUCGAAUCUGUACUCUUACAGCGCUGUCAUUAGGUGGCAGCAGCACAAUGCCAAGGACCCCGAGACACCCACCUACGAAAUGGCUGAGCCGAUCUCGAUCAACAAUCUGCUUCUGCGUGGUUGCCAGCUGCGAAAUACCGAAUGGGUUCUCGGCGUAGUUGUCUUCACUGGAGAGGAGACCAAGAUCAUGAUCAACUCCGGUGUCACCCCCAGUAAGCGCGCUAGGAUCUCGAAAGACCUCAACUGGAACGUCAUCUACAACUUCAUCAUCCUGGCUCUUAUGUGUUUGGUCUCUGGAGUCGUCCUUGGUGUUACCUGGGCCAGAGACGAUACCUCGCAUUCGAUUUUCGAGUAUGGAUCAUAUGGUGGCAACCCAGCAACCGACGGUGUUAUUUCCUUCUGGGCUGGUAUCAUUUUGUUCCAGAACUUGGUGCCCAUCUCUCUCUACAUCACCCUGGAAAUCAUCCGCACCUUGCAGGCUCUCUUCAUCUACAGCGAUGUUCAGAUGUACUACGAAGAGCUCGACUACCCUUGCACUCCCAAGUCCUGGAACAUUUCGGAUGAUGUCGGUCAGGUCGAAUACAUCUUCUCAGACAAGACUGGUACACUGACUCAAAAUGUCAUGGAGUUUAAGAAGUGCACAAUCAACGGCGUUCCUUAUGGCGAGGCUUAUACCGAGGCUCAAGCUGGUAUGCAAAGAAGGCAAGGAAUCAACGUCGAGGUCGAGGCUGCUCGUGCGAGGGAGCAGAUUGCUCGUGACCGCGUACGAAUGCUCGAGGGAAGCCGCAGGUUGCACAACAACCCCUACUUGUGGGAUGAGGACCUCACUUUCGUCGCACCAGACUACAUCGACGAUCUCGCCGGCGAGUCCGGUCCAGAGCAGAAGAAGGCUAACGAACGGUUCAUGCUUGCGCUUGCUCUCUGCCACACCGUUGUCACCGAACGUACACCCGGAGAUCCACCGAAGAUCGAGUUCAAGGCUCAGUCUCCCGAUGAGGCGGCGCUCGUUGCGACAGCUCGUGACGUUGGCUUCACUUUCGUAGGCCGAGAAGACGACAAGCUCAUCGUCAACGUUCUUGGCGAAGAGCGCAAAUACCAGGUUCUGAACACCCUCGAAUUCAACUCGACCCGAAAACGGAUGAGCGCCAUCAUCAGAAUGCCAGAUGGAAAGAUUAUGUUGUUCUGCAAGGGUGCGGAUAGCAUGAUCUACUCUCGAUUGAUCCCCAACGAGCAGAGACAGCUUCGCGUCACGACUGGCGAACACCUCGAAAUGUUUGCAAGAGAAGGACUGCGAACUCUCUGUAUCGCACAGAAGGAGAUUUCGGAACAGGAAUAUGCUGAAUGGAACAAGGACUACGACAUUGCCGCCAAUGCUAUCGCCGACCGAGAGGACAAGCUCGAAGAGGUCUCCGACCGAAUCGAGAACCAGCUGUGGUUGAUCGGUGGUACUGCUAUUGAAGACAGGCUGCAAGACGGAGUGCCAGAGUCAAUUUCGCUUCUUGGCCAAGCCGGUAUCAAGCUCUGGGUCUUGACAGGUGACAAGGUCGAAACAGCCAUCAACAUUGGUUUCUCCUGCAACCUCCUCGACAACGACAUGGAUCUCGUCAUUCUCAAGGUUAUAGACGACAGUAUUGAGUCGGUGGAAGCUCAGCUGGACGAGAAGCUAGCUAUCUUUGGCUUGACAGGUUCUGAAGAAGAGCUUGAAGCUGCUCAGACUGAUCACGAACCUCCGCCACCGACCCACGCCAUCAUCAUUGAUGGUGACACCCUCAAGCUCGCAUUGGACGACUCCCUCAAGCGAAAGUUCCUCCUGCUUUGCAGACGAUGCCGAUCUGUGCUUUGCUGUCGUGUCAGUCCCAGUCAGAAGGCUGCUGUCGUCAACAUGGUCAAGACUGGUCUCGACUGCUUGACUCUGGCCAUCGGUGACGGUGCCAACGAUGUUGCUAUGAUUCAGGAAGCUCACGUUGGUGUUGGUAUUGCUGGUGUUGAGGGUCGCGCAGCCGUCAUGUCUUCCGACUACGCUAUUGGACAAUUCCGCUUCUUGACUCGCCUCGUACUCGUCCACGGUCGAUGGUCUUAUCGACGACUCGCAGAAACUAUUGCCAACUUCUUCUACAAGAACAUCGUCUGGACGUUCGCGCUCUUCUGGUACCAGGUCUACACCAACUUCGACAGCCAGUAUAUCUUCGAUUACACCUACAUUAUCUUUUUCAAUCUUGCUUUCACUUCCCUUCCGGUUAUCGUCAUGGGUGUCUUGGAUCAAGACGUCGAUGACAGGAUAUCGCUCGCAGUUCCUCAGCUGUAUCGCCGCGGUAUUGAGCGGAAGGAGUGGACCCAGCCUAAGUUCUGGGCCUACAUGAUUGACGGUGUCUACCAAUCCGCCAUUGCUUUCUUCUUGGUAUACGAGAUCUUCUACCCCGCCACAUUCACAACCUCAAGCGGUCUGGAUCUCGCAGAGUACCGACGCAUGGGUGUUUACGCCGCCACUACUGCUGUCUGUGCCGCCAACAUCUACGUUCUUUACAACACCUACCGAUGGGAUUGGCUGAUGCUGUUGAUCGUUGUCAUCAGUACAAUCCUGGUCUGGUUCUGGACAGGUAUUUACACAUCAUUCACUGGAAGUGCCCAGUUCUACAAGGCUGGCGCGGAAGUGUACGGGAACUUGAACUUUUGGGCAUAUGUUCUCGUUGCGACGAUCAUGUGUUUGCUUCCGCGAUUCAUUUUCAAGGCCGCACAGAAGAUGUAUUUCCCUCUCGACGUCGACAUCAUCCGUGAGCAGGUCAAGCAAGGAAAGUUCGACUACCUGAAGGACAACAACAGCUACCUCCCUCCCCCUCCGGGCAAAGCACAGACUGUUGUACCGGAUGUGGAUGCAGACAAGUACAAGGCUGCCAACGCUGAGCCUACCGAUGAGGACGUUCGACCCAUCUACCCACCAUCCGUAGCGCCCACUGCCACAACACACAACCCACGAAGUCAGAAUGGUAGCAACAGCACCGACUACACAUACCGUCGCUCGAUGGACGGCCUCCCUGCAGCUCCUCGCAUGUCGUCCGAAGGUCGCCCGGUUAACAGCUACGAACACCGUGUGCGACCCAGCUACGACCGCGCUAGGAUGUCUAUGGACCGUGUGAGGCCAAGUUUUGAACAGAGCAACGACUUCACAUCAGCUGCUAUGCUGACCCGUAUCGAGUCAGCCCAUAGCCGCAACAGCUACAUAGGACGUAGUCGCACUGGCAGCCAGAGCGGAUCAACUGGCAACAUAGGAAGUCGACUGAAGAACGCCAUUCGCCGCGCGACAAUCACAAGAGAGGAGGCACCCUCAGACCUUCGGGAUGCGCCUGCUGUACCGGCGAUAACAACAAGCUCACCAAAGAACUCACCAGAGCUGAAAUCAUCAGAGCUGAAAACACCGCCCAGGAGCCCCCCUAGGUGACCGCGGUGAUUCCGCAUUUCCACUGUUUUUAACGACUUGUAUAUAAAGAUAUUCCCCACCAUGUUACGCAUCGGGCGUUCACGUAUACACCAUUGCUAGCUUCCUUUGCUCUUGCCCCAGCUGCAAGUGGGCGUUUCUUGGCUACACUUUGUUUGGCAUACGCGAUUCCCAUUCCUUUCUGCAUUUUCCUUAUCUUGUUCUGUUGGGGGCUUUAACGGCUGUGAGGUUCGUAGACCAGCAACGAUAGAUGUGCUGAUGACUACGGAUGUGCGGUGUAAAUAGUUAAUG